AUGGGCGAAGAGAAGGAAGACGAGCUGCCGUGGCUGCACCCCGGCGGCACGCCCGUCGUGUUCAAGAAGAGGCAGGAGGGGCAGAAGCGACCGUUCCUCUGCCACCCCGGCCAGCUACCCAAGGUUGGCGAACGAUUCGAGAUCGACUGCACCGGGGACAAUCAAUGGUUCCGCAUGUGCGGCCUCGUGACGCGCGCCUACAGCUGCGACCUCGCCGCCAUGAACGGCGGACAGGUGGAGGCGAACGUCACGGCGAUCGGAACGGUGUUCCCACUGUUCCGCCACGACGCGUGCGCGCCCUGCGACGAGGACGAGGUCUACGUAGUGCACCUGGCCAUGUUCACGCACGCGCAGGGCGACAAGCGCUGGUUGCUCGAGCACGUCGAGGUGGCGUCAGAUCACCAACGCGGCGGUGCCGAGAUCGACGCCGACGAGUGGCUGCGCAAAAACGUCGGUUUCGUCGUCUCCAACUCGUAUUACCACGAGUACGCGGAGGGAAACUUGAACGGUGUGCACGGCGGGACGCGGAGCCUCACGCCAGAGAGCAGAGCGAAGAUUUGA